AUGUCUGAUUCAACGACAUACGAUAUCAUCAUCGUUGGUGGGGGCACCGCCGGGCUCGUUUUGGCCGCUCGUCUUUCUGACGAUGCGUCGCUUCGGAUCUUGGUGAUUGAAGCGGGAGAGGACUUGACCUCGGAUCCGCGAAUUUCAAUGCCCCCUAUGUGGCCUACCUUGCUCAAUAGCGCUGCAAACUGGGGAUUUCGGACUGUACCCCAGAACCCUACCAAGACUGGUCUGUGCGGCCGCGAACUUGCAUUCACCCAAGGUCGUCUCCUCGGCGGAUCGAGUGCCAUCAACGGCUUGUCGUUUACUCCAACGUCGAAAUUCAAUGUUGACACGUGGGCCAAACUGGGCAAUCCAGGCUGGCAGUGGGACGACUUCGCGCAAUCUUUCGCCAAAUGCUAUACGUUGCCGGCGCACGCCGGGGACGUAAGUGGCCCCAUCAAGCUGAGCUUACCGAAUGACCCUGGAAACGCUUGGGCCGGGAUUUGGAAUCAGACGCUAUCCAAUCUUGGGCACGCUGGCAAAGGCGAUGCGUUUACAGGCCAAGUUUCCGGGGCUUUUACCAAUACCGAUGCCAUCGAUCCUGACACAAGACAAAGAAGCUAUGCUGUCAACAGCUAUCUUGAGCCCGCUCGCAGAAGGAGCAAUUUGAACUUAAUCAGCCAGGCUUCAGUGGAAAAGAUCACAUUCGACACAUCUCAACAAGGACAGGUUGUGGCAACCGGCGUGCGAUACAACAAGGAUGGAGAGAUCCACCAUGUAAAAGCCAAUAACGAGGUCAUACUCGCAGCGGGAGCUGUCAACUCUCCCAAGAUUCUUGAGCUCUCUGGCGUGGGAGAUCCACAGAGAUUGAGAAGCCUCGGCAUUGAAUCCAUUGUGGACAACAUUCAUGUCGGAGAGAAUCUGCAGAACCACAUCAUGUGCGGUAUGAGCUUUGAAGUUCUGGAAGGCCUCGCGACUAUGGACCCACUCGCCCGUCAGGACGAAGCUUCUGUUGCAGCCGCUAUGGACGCAUAUGGGAAGCAGUUGGGUCCAUUUGCGAGCAGUGGCACGAACGCGGUGGCGCAGUUGCCCUUCCCGGGAAUAGAAACUGCCGAAGGAAAGUCUGAUAUUGAACAACUCAUGUCAAAGCACAAGCAAGAGCCUAGCAACUUGACAUCGGCAACGCCCGCUUUCGCCGAGGCACACGAAGACUUUGUGCGCAGCAUACUUGUUUCUCAAGAUCAAGCAUCAGCCUGCUACCUCUCCUUUCCGGGAUUUGCCUGGUUUAAGCCCGAUGGCACCAUGGCUUCCCCGCCAUCUGGGCCAGAAAACUACUUCUCUGUGGCCUUACUCCUAUCUCAUCCACUGUCGCGAGGCUCAGUGCAUAUCAAAUCCUCAUCGGCAAGCACUGAUUCUACUCAGGUCGCCAUUGAUCCGGCUCACUUGACACAUUCUCUCGAUAUCGAGAUCAUGUCGCGGCAUCUUCAGUUCCUUGAGACAAUUGUUGCUUCGGAGCCUUUAGUUGAUUACUUGAAACCAGGUGGUAAACGCAACCCAGGUGCAAAUGAUCCAUUAACAGACCUUGAAUCAGCAAGGGAAUACAUCAAGCGCACUGCUGUUGGUGGAAAUCAUCCAGUUGGGACAUGUUCUAUGAUGCCACGCGAGCUCGGGGGCGUUGUCGACUCGAAUCUCCGAGUCUAUGGGUGCUCCAACUUGCGUGUUUGUGACGCGAGUAUCAUCCCGAUCCUGCCUCGCGCCAACUUACAGGCUACAGUUUACGGCGUUGCUGAGCAUGCUGCAGGUAUAAUACGGGGUACUAAGCUGGAUGCAGCGUGA